AUGCUGUUCCACAGUCUGUCGGGCCCCGAGGUGCACGGGGUCAUCGACGAGAUGGACCGCAGGGCCAAGAGCGAGGCUCCCGCCAUCAGCUCCGCCAUCGACCGCGGCGACACGGAGACGACCAUGCCGUCCAUCAGCAGUGACCGCGCUGCGCUGUGCGCCGGCUGCGGGGGCAAGAUCUCCGACCGCUACUACCUGCUGGCGGUGGACAAGCAGUGGCACAUGCGCUGCCUCAAGUGCUGCGAGUGCAAGCUCAACCUGGAGUCCGAGCUCACCUGUUUCAGCAAGGAUGGAAGCAUCUACUGCAAGGAAGACUACUACAGGCGGUUCUCUGUGCAGCGCUGUGCCCGCUGCCACCUGGGCAUCUCCGCCUCAGAGAUGGUGAUGCGGGCUCGGGACUUGGUUUAUCACCUCAACUGCUUCACAUGCACCACGUGUAACAAGAUGCUGACCACGGGUGACCACUUCGGCAUGAAGGACAGCCUGGUCUACUGCCGCUUGCACUUCGAGGCGCUGCUGCAGGGCGAGUACCCCGCGCACUUCAACCACGCCGAUGUGGCGGCUGCGGCAGCUGCAGCCGCUGCAGCCAAGAGCGCAGGGCUGGGUGCAGCCGGGGCCAACCCACUGGGUCUUCCGUACUACAAUGGUGUGGGCACGGUGCAGAAGGGGCGGCCGAGGAAGCGCAAGAGCCCUGGCCCCGGGGCGGAUCUGGCGGCCUACAACGCUGCACUGAGCUGCAACGAGAACGAUGCGGAGCACCUGGACCGCGACCAGCCCUAUCCGAGCAGCCAGAAGACAAAGCGCAUGCGCACUUCCUUCAAGCACCACCAGCUUCGGACCAUGAAGUCUUACUUUGCCAUUAACCACAACCCCGACGCCAAGGACUUGAAGCAGCUCGCGCAAAAGACGGGCCUCACAAAGCGGGUCCUCCAGGUCUGGUUUCAGAAUGCCCGGGCCAAGUUCAGGCGCAACCUCUUACGGCAGGAAAACACGGGUGUGGACAAGUCGACGGAGGCGGCGCUGCAGACAGGGACUCCAUCGGGGCCAGCCUCGGAGCUUUCCAACGCCUCGCUCAGCCCCUCCAGCACGCCCACCACCCUCACAGACUUGACUAGCCCCACCCUGCCAACUGUGACGUCCGUCUUAACUUCUGUGCCUGGCAACCUGGAGGGCCACGAGCCUCACAGCCCCUCACAAACGACUCUUACCAACCUUUUCUAA